AUGCCGGAGCUGGAGGAGACGCCGGUGGCCGCCGGCGAGGGGAAGCCGGAGCUGUUCUUCGAGGAGGAGGAUCUGCAGUAUGAGGAAGAAAUCCUGCGCAACCCCUUUUCUGUCAAGUGCUGGAUCCGCUACAUUGAGUUCAAGCAGAAUGCCCCCCGGCAUGUGCUGAACCUGAUCUACGAGAGAGCCCUCAAGGAGCUGCCAGGCAGUUACAAGUUGUGGUACAACUACCUUAAGCAGCGCCGGAAGCAGGUGAAGAACAGGUGUGUGACUGACCCUGGCUAUGAGGAGGUGAACAACUGCCAUGAACGUGCCCUCGUCUUCAUGCACAAGAUGCCUCGGAUCUGGCUAGAUUACUGCCAGUUCCUCAUGGACCAGUGCCGGAUCACCCGCACACGCAGGACCUUUGACCGGGCACUCCGGGCGCUGCCCAUCACACAGCACCAUCGCAUCUGGCCCCUCUACCUGAAGUUUGUGCGCUUGUACCCCCUGCCCGAGACAGCUGUGCGAGUCUACCGCAGAUACCUGAAGCUGAGCCCCGAGAAUGCCGAGGAGUACAUUGAAUACCUGCGCUCUAUUGACCGGCUGGAUGAGGCUGCCCUCCGCCUUGCCACCGUGGUCAAUGACGAGAGGUUCGUCUCAAAGGAGGGGAAAUCCAACUACCAGCUGUGGCAUGAGCUAUGUGACCUCAUCUCCCAGAACCCUGACAAGGUGAAGUCCCUCAAUGUUGGGGCCAUCAUUCGCGGAGGCCUGACCCGCUUCACCGACCAGCUGGGCAAGCUCUGGUGCUCCCUGGCCGACUACUACAUCCGCAGCGGGCACUUUGAGAAGGCCCGGGAUGUGUACGAGGAGGCCAUCCAGACGGUGAUGACGGUGCGGGAUUUCACCCAGGUGUUUGACAGCUAUGCCCAGUUUGAGGAGAGCAUGAUUGCAGCCAAGAUGGAGACCACCUCUGAGCUGGGGCAAGAGGAGGAGGAUGAUGUAGACCUGGAGCUGCGCCUGGCUCGCUUCGAGCAGCUGAUCACACGGCGCCCCCUGCUGCUCAACAGUGUGCUGCUGCGCCAGAACCCCCACAAUGUCCACGAGUGGCACAAGCGUGUGAAGCUCUACGAGGGCAAACCCCGAGAGAUCAUCAACACCUACACAGAGGCCGUGCAGACCGUGGACCCCUUCAAGGCCACCGGCAAGACACACACACUCUGGGUCUCCUUCGCCAAGUUCUACGAGGAUAAUGGGCAGAUCGAGGAUGCCAGGACCAUCUUUGAGAAAGCCACCAAGGUGAACUUCAAGCAGGUGGACGACCUGGCCUGCAUGUGGUGCGAGUACGGGGAGAUGGAGCUGCGCCAUGAGAACUAUGACCAGGCCCUGCGCAUCCUCCGGAAAGCCACGGCCAUCCCAGCCAAGAAAGCCGAGUACUUCGAUGCCUCGGAGCCCGUCCAGAACCGUGUGUACAAGUCCCUCAAGGUCUGGUCCAUGCUGGCUGACCUGGAAGAGAGCCUGGGCACCUUCAAGUCCACCAAGGCGGUGUACGACCGCAUCCUGGACCUGCGCAUCGCCACGCCCCAGAUCAUCAUCAACUACGCCCUCUUCCUGGAGGAGCACACCUACUUCGAGGAGAGCUUCAAGGCCUAUGAGAGGGGCAUCUCUCUGUUCCGCUGGCCCAACGUGUAUGACAUUUGGAACACCUACCUGACCAAGUUCAUCGACCGCUAUGGCGGCAAGAAGCUGGAGCGCGCCCGCGACCUCUUCGAGCAGGCGCUGGAUGGCUGCCCCCAGAAAUAUGCCAAGACCAUUUACCUGUUGUAUGCCAAGCUGGAGGAGGAGUUCGGGCUGGCGCGGCAUGCCAUGGCGGUGUAUGAGCGGGCCACGCGGGCCGUGCAACCCUCAGAGCAGUACGAGAUGUACAACAUCUACAUCAAGCGGGCGGCGGAGAUCUACGGAGUCACCCACACCCGCAGCAUCUAUGAGAAGGCCAUUGAGGUGCUGUCAGACGAGCACGCCCGCGAGAUGUGCCAGCGCUUUGCCGACAUGGAAUGCAAGCUGGGCGAGAUCGACCGGGCCCGGGCCAUCUACUCCUACUGCUCACAGAUCUGUGACCCCCGGACCACAGGCUCCUUCUGGCAGACGUGGAAGGAUUUUGAGAUCCGGCACGGGAAUGAAGACACGAUCCGGGAGAUGCUGCGCAUCAAACGCAGUGUCCAGGCCACCUACAACACCCAGGUCAACUUCAUGGCCUCGCAGAUGCUCAAAGUCUCCAGCAAUGCCACGGGCACCGUGUCAGACCUGGCGCCGGGGCAAAGUGGCAUGGACGACAUGAAGCUGCUAGAGCAGCGGGCAGAGCAGCUGGCAGCUGAGGCAGAGCGGGACAAACCCCGGGCCAAGGAGAAGAUCCUCUUUGUCAGGAGCGAUGCGUCACGCAGUGAGCUGGCCGCACUCUCCAGGCAGGCGAACCCUGACGAGAUCGACAUUGAGGAGGAGGAGGAAGAGGGGGAUGAGAGUGAGGAGAAUGAGCCUGAUGAGGUGCAGCUGGAGCAGCAGUGUGUCCCCUCAGCUGUGUUCGGGGGGCUGAAGACCGACUGAGCUGGAACUGGGGGCAGCCAGUGGGCAUCAUGGAUCCUGCUCCCCUCCUGGAGUGUAGGCAGAGGGGUCUGGACUUGGAGAUUCCUGGGCCUGUGCUGGCCUGGAGCUGCUCCCCGUCCCCCACCCCGGGGCACACUGCUGCCCGAGUUCUGGGCUCCCUGGCUCCUAGCAGGGAGGGGGUGGGGUAGGGCAGGGCAGGGCUGCCCUCUGCUGUGCAGGGAGAGGACCCUGCUCAGGGCCAUUGGCAGGAGCGUGUGGAGCCAGCCUGCCCACCCCUCCCCCAUGAAGCACUUUGGGAGCCAGGUUUGUUAAGUGAGGAGGGAGCAGGCAGAGCCCCUGGGGCUGGACCCUGCUGUAGUAGCUGGGGCUAAUCUGCCCCCUCCAUCUGGUCUCCACCAGCUCGUGAGUGGGGUAAACGCUGUGCUUGGUGCUCUUCCCCCACUGCUGCCAUGGCUGAGGCAUAGGCAGCCACCACC